AUGGACACCGUUCCCAGAAGGAGGCGAUCGGCAGGUUCUAGCGAGCCUGAAACUUCCGGUGUGAAUCAAGAACAGCUAUAUCAGACAGCCUUGGGCCAAGCCAAUCAGGAGAUGACUCCCUCGGGGAUCAUGCUAAGUGGAGAAGCUUCCCCCGGGAUGAUGGAGUCAGGUGGUAUACCUAGCUCUGUAGCGGCGGUGCCUCUUCCGGAGGCCCAUCCUUUCUACAGUUCAAGGGCCAAGGCCGAGGUACAGUUGGCCCGAUCAAGGCCUAGUACUUUGGAUGAUGAUGGUAGAAGAUUACAAUCGGAAGUCAAUGAAACUGCGUUAGGAGAUCCUGGGUUUUCCUCGGGGCAAGAGCCGAACUAUGGUUCCUUGGAAGAGUUUCAGGGAGCUGCGGAAGUUCCAAGAGUUGCUCGUGUUGAGUCUGGGGUAGAAAGGCCUGUGGAUGAGUAUGUAGAGCGCAAAGAGGCAGCGAUUGGUGGUGGAACAUCAGUGCAAGGUACUCAAGGUGAGGAAGGAGCUGCUCCGCCUGGAAUAGUGCAGGGACGAGUGGCUCAGCUACCGGCGGUUGGGACCCCGUUUGGGGAGGAUUCGAGAGAACUUAUUCCUGCUGAGGCAAGCAGAGUGGAGCGACUUGAAUCCCUCUUGCUGGAGGUCGUGGAAGAAAAUAAGUCUUUGAAGCGGCGCCUGCAGACGGAGUCCAAUUCGAGCUGGGAGACGGGAGUAACGCGUCAGGCUCAUGGUGAGCAUGGAUUCCCGGCCUCUCCGGCCUCCUUCGGCCAAGGACAGCAAUUCCUCCUUGCAGAUUCAUCGUCUAGCGCGGUGGUCUGCGGGAAUUGGUUGGCCCAGGCGAAGGGCGUGACUGAGGAGUCAGGUCCUGGGUCUGAGAGUGUCAGCAAUACAGCUGGUGCAGCGGUUGCUAGUGCAAGCUCGGGUACCGGGGUUAGUCAGGAGGCUUUGUUGGCGGAGGCGGCGAAGCUGUUGAAGGGGGUAUCGCUUAAGCCCAUUAGGAUUGACAACCCCGAGCUUGACUUGACAUGGCUCCGCAGUGCGCUUACGAGUGCCUCUGACCCCUCUUUUUGUUUGGUAGACAGUGGUGCGACAAACGCGUUAAGACCCGCUUGCGAUCAGGAGUUACAGGGCUGCAGGGUCAUACAUGUUGAUCUGGCGAGCGGAGGGACAGACCUAAGGGUCAAUGAAUGCGGGACCUUGCUCCAUGCCGGACAAUGCCAGGUUAUUUUACCAGCCAACUACCUUAUUGAGCUAGGCUUCUCUAUCUCUUGGAAGAAAAAGGGGUGUAAGAUUAGGAGGCCUAAGACUGGGGUGUUGGAUGUACAGGUAGUAAAGGGUUGUCCUCUGAUUCCUCGGGAUGUUGGUUUGCGGCUUCUCCAGGAAUAUGAGGAGCGGGUGACCCAGGGUCGAGGGAUGCGUAAGCUGGGUUUUGAGGACGUGCCUUCAGGGUUGACUAAGGAAUCUGUGCGAGGUUGGUUAAGGGAUCAGCUUAGCGGUGGCUUGGCAGGUUCUUUGACGGAUACCAUCCAGGUAGCCUUUCUGCGGGUAUUUCUUCCUCACUUGCCUUUGGAACUAUUGGCAAGGGCGUGUGUGUCUAUCGAGCCUAGUUGUUUGACUGACCAGUUACCAACACUAUGGAAUAGACGCCUUCGUAGGUCCAUUGAAAGGGGAGCGCCGGAAUCCGAAGGGUUACGAAGCUUUGGAAGGGUUUUACGGGUUCCUAGCUCUGAGAGAGGUUUAGGGAGCAAAGAGGCGUUCAGCCAGCUGUUGGUAUGGGCGGCUUCUGGUGUGUUCGGAGGGCUGGUAGCCGGUCCUGAUCUUUCUAGUUUUCGGGGAUCCACAAACGAAGAGUGGACGGAGUUUCUGGUGUGGAACUUGCGUUUCUUGUUACUCGUUGGGGUCGCGCAGGCUGCGAAGGACCUUAAAGUAACUUCCGAGGGUAUGAAUAGUGAUUGUGGGUUAGAUGAGGUUCCUAGCGAUAUUAGGGAUCCUCGGGAGCUUGUAGAAUGGGCCUUGGCCCGCGCGGCAGCGAAGCUGGGACAGCAGAGACCAGAACCGGGUCGUACGGCUGUGGCACUGGCGGAGCCGGUCUUUGUAGCUUGGGAGCAGCCGGUGUCUGGGUCUUUGCCUCAAGAAGGGACUGGAUUGCCUUCGGUUGAUUUUCAUGUUGGGGACCUACCAGCGGUGUAUGGUUGGAAUCGGGUAGUUUGCGAUUUUCGGUUGUAUGGGUCCGCCGGAGGAGUAACCCAAUUGUGGACAUCUUCUUGGUUUCUCUACGAAGGGUUGGGAGGUGAUUCGCAGUCCGGGCCUUUGGAAACUAGGUUAGAUGAGGUUGCCGAGCGGAGGGUGUUGCUACGUAAACUUACGGAGUCCGAGAGGUACGCACUUCACGUGGCAAGGGAUCAUUCUACGUACCUUAAGGGGUGCCCGGUGUGUAUUCAGGCGCAGGGUCGAAGGCGGUCCCAUUGGCGGUCGUCUUUUCCUUCUGUACAUUCGGCAUCAUUUGAUCUAGCGGGCCCUUUUAUUGCGGGUCAGUCGUUCGAUCCUGUAGCUUCGGGUAGAGAUAAAGGGGGUGGUUACCGUUACUUCUUAACGUGUUCGUAUGCGGUUCCUACAGGGUAUGUGCCGUUGGAAGUGGAAGCGCCUGAUACCAAGUCGGGGGGCGCACAACAGCUGGAAGUAGAUGCCGGUCUUGGGGAACCCGAGCUGUUUCCAGAGUUGUUUGGGUCUUCGGAUGACGUGGUGUUGAGUGCGGUGUCCCAUAGGGUCCGGGGGAAGAAGCCUGAGGUUGAGGUUGAGGGUGGUGUAGGUCCCAUUGAUUGUGGGGACGGGUUCUCCAUGGCCGCUGGCAAGAAUCUCACCCUUUUCCUCGGAGUUCCUUUAAGGACAAAAGGGGGCCGUGAGGUCCUAGGUCAGAUCCAGGCACUUAUCAAUAAGUUGGAGGCGUUUGGACUGCCAGUGCAGAGGUUUCACGCUGAUAGGGCUCAGGAGCUUAGAUCGAAGGCUCUUGUCCUUUGGCUUCGGGAUAAGGGGAUUCACACCUCUUGGACGCCAGGGGAGGCGCCAGCGGGCAAUCAUGCGGAGUUAGCGGUUCAGAAUCUAAAGGGUGGGGUGCGUCGGUUGCUCCUUACUGCUGGGCUUCCUAAAACGUUUUGGCCGCUGGCUCUCUUGCAUGCGUCGACUCGGAACUGGCAUGUUUUUGCGGAAGCACUUGGUGUGCUUCAGCCCGUUAUGCUCCCAUUUGGUGCACCUGUUGAAGCUCGUAAGCGAACCCAAACUGGUUACGCGGCCCAGUGGCAAGCUAGGACUGUUAGGGGCACUUAUGUGGGUCAUGCUCCUAAUACGCCAGGGGGCCAUUUGGUUCUAGUGGACGAUGAAGGUGUGAAGAAAGUUCUGUUGACUAGUACCGUGUUCCCCUUAGCGAAGGGUUGUGCCGGGCCGCCGAAGCCGCGAUUUCGUCUGAAGGGGAAGCGCUCCUCUUUUGCGACUAGGGUCGUAGCUGCGUCCCCUUUGGGGCCUCUGUCAUUGCUCAGGUGUGAUGCCAGGUUUGCACCUGGGGGGGAGUCCUUCCUAGAUUCGGAUUUCUGGUUUGAGCCUGAGGAAGACCCCAUAGACCCCACGGGCUCCGAUUUUGAAGAUAGGAGUGUGGUAAGGGUUUCUUGUUUUGAGGGUUCGGAUGAGGAAUCCGGGGGAGAAGGGUCUUUUCCUGGGUGCGACGGUGUGAUCAUGAGUGGGAUAGAGGCCAAGGCAGGUCGGUUUGAGGAUUGGGUUCAGACCUUGUUGGUGGAUGGGGAGUUCACCGAUGUGGAGUGUUUGGAGGUCCUUCGUAAGGUGGCUGAAGUGCUUCCUGUAACUCGUAGACCAGUAGCUGCGGAGGGAAGUCGGGCAGGCCUAUUGGGUCUGUAUGCCGUGGGAGGCUUCCAAGGAGUAUCGAAUUUGGCCAGGCAGCUUCCUUUGGUCACGAGGUAUUUGAAUCGCUUUAUGGAGUAUCAGGGGUUAGGGUGUGCUUGGACAACGGUGUAUGUGUCCCACAAUAGCUAUAUGUCGUUGCAUCGUGACCUUAGGAAUGCGCCGGAGUUUCCUAUUUUUGUUAAGGCCAUAGGGGAGUUUAAGGGAGGAGGUCUAUGGUUAGAGGAUGUGGAUGGUGCGUCGUGUCGAACACUGCCCAAUGGUUUGAAGAUUGCGGGCACCGUGCAUGACUUGCGCAAAGGGCCAGUAGUGUUCUCGGGUCAACGGUGGCAUGCUUCGGAAGACUGGCAAGGGGAUCGUUGGAUCCUUUCAGCUUUUGUUCCUCGAGAGUACCGGAGCGCCAUUGUAGAUUGCGGCGAGGAGCUACGAGGGCUAGGCUUUCCCCUUGAUAGGCUAGUGGAGCCCGAACCUACUGCUUCCCUGCGGAAAGAAGUCGUUCCAGUAGAGGUAGGUAACGAUGAGAUAGUGAUUGAAGCUUGGGACGUAGAUGUACCGAGUCCGGUGUUGGGUGAAGAUGAGUAUCUUGACUGGGUUGGUUGUCAUGGACAGGUUGCACGCCUGUGUAAGGUUCUAGCUGAUGAGCUUUGUGACGUUCAAGGGGACCCUGAAAGUUUUAGUUCUUUGGCAGAGCAGCUGUGGUGUGCUGAGUCUCAGAGGGACUGGUUAGAGCAGGUACUUUGUAGCUGCAGGCUGGAUGAAGAUCUGUUAGGGUCGAUCCGAGCUUUGAAUGUAGAAGUACCCUUAGCGGAAUCUUCCGAGCACGGUAAUGAUCAGUUUCUCCAGACUCGGAAUGUGAGCCUGCUAGAAGCCAGGAAGGAGCUAGGUAAAUGGAGGGACCCUGCGAAGGAUGAAGUAGUCAGCUUGGAAGACACCAAUCGGGCUGUUGAUAGGGUUACGGUUGCUGAUGUUGAUCGGUGGAUUAAAGAAGGGAUAUCGGUAGUACAGUUGCCGGGUAAAGCGGUACUAACCAGGAAGGCAGGUACAGGGAAGCGAAGAUGCCGGGCCGUGUGUUGCGGAAAUUACUUGCCUACGGAGAAGUUGGGAUUGACUCGAGAGGAACUGUAUGCAUCUGGUGCCGAGUCCUUGUCGGUAAAGGUGGCGGUAGUGUUCGCAGCCAUGCAUCCGAGUUGGAUUGGAGUGACGAUAGAUGUUAAGUCUGCGUUCUUGUAUGCGCCGAUCCGAACUGAGAAUCAAGGGUUGGAAGAAAGGAUAAUUGUACGCCCGCCACACUUCCUUGUGGAAUUGGGGAUUCUGACCUCGGAGCAUCGUUGGUGGAUUAGGAAAGCCCUGUAUGGGCUGCCGACUUCUCCGCGUGACUGGGGUAGGUAUCGUGAUGGUGAGUUUCGAAAACUUCGGAUUCCCCACGCUGGGGGAGAAUACCAUCUUGUCCAGCUUAAGUCGGACGAUGCGCUUUGGGUGCUGCGACGGAACACUGAAGAUGGACUUGGGGAUGUAGCCGGUAUCCUGGCGGUCUAUGUUGAUGAUCUAGCAUUGUUUGCGGAGCAGGGGCUGGCUCAGUCGUUCAUUCAAGUGGUGCAGACGCUCUGGAAGACGUCCGACCCGGAGUGGAUCGGAGAAUCCGCAGUGACCUUCUGUGGGAUGGAAGUUUCUCGAUCUCCUACGGGAUACAAGUUGUCGCAGGUGGCUUACAUCCGAGAACUGUUACAGCGCUACAAUGUCACGGAGGAUGCGGCGGUGCCCAUUACGAAAUGGACUGAUCCAGAGUUACCAGAGUCGGUGACACCGGAGGAAGUUAAAGAGGCGCAGGCCAUAACAGGCGCUCUGUUGUGGGUUUCGACGCGUACGCGCCCGGAUAUAUCGUAUGCUGUGUCACGUUGCGGCCAAAUGGCCACGAAGGUUCCGCAGCUGUCGAUUAGUGUCGGUAUGCAGACGCUUAAGUACUUGAGGUCUACAGCGGAGUUUGCAAUGGAAGUUCCGUUUGAAGUAGGAAGCCCGUUUGCCGACCACGGUUUGUUGUCGAUACCAAGGUCUCCUAAAGUGUUGGAAGUGUACACCGACGCCUCGCAUAGCCCUGGUGGGGAUAGAUCGAUGCAGUCCUUAGUGAUUGUGUGGCAAGGGGUACCCAUUGCUUGGGAAACGACGAGGCAAGCUUUCACAACUCUGUCUAGUGCAGAGGCAGAGUUGGUGUGCAUGAUACACGGGACCCAGUUAUCUGAAUGCAUCCAAUCGUUGUUGGACGAACUGUUAGAGGAGGACAGUCUCGUUUCACUUCUCUGCGACAAUCAAGCCGCUUUACGGUCCUUCGACACCGUGAGCACGGGCUGGCGUAGCCGCCACUUAAGAAUGAGAGCGAUCUCUGGCAGAGAGCGAGUGGAGGCAGGUAUCCUACGUGUGUCCCAUAUCCCAGGAACCCUGCAGGUGGCGGACAUAGGAACCAAACCGCUAGGGAGGUCCCGUAUCUUACAAUUGCUUAGUCUCAUCGGGAUUGGGGGUGCAAAGACUAGUGAUUCGGAGGCUGCUUCCGCUCGAGUGCUAAGUCGCGGUGUGUAUGAUGAGUUGAGCACUACUACCAUCGCAUCUGCCAAAGUGCUGGCAGGACUCACUCUGCUUGCACUGAUCCCGCGGGCGAAGGGUCAGCCGGACCAGCAAGGACUUCAGGAAGGUUACAAUUGGCUACUUUGGACCGUGGCAUGGGUUGUGACCGGGGUUUGUGUACUGUGCUCGGGUUGGCUUUGGGUAGGCGAGGGCCGUUGGAGGUUGCUUCAGGGUCUUUUGGAAAGGGUUCGAGGGGUUGAGACUUCUGGGAUUCAGGGUGACGGGGAGCCUAUUGUAGACGCUGCGGAAUCUGAUGACUUUACCGAUGAAGAGUGGCGUGUGGCCCAGAUGAAGCUCGAAGAGUCAGAGAGGCGUUCUGGUUUAACGCUUGUGCAGCGGGCGAGGGUUCGUAAACAGGUUGCGGCAGGAGGUGUGGUCGAUGUCCCGAGUUUCUUGCAAAGAUUCGGCCCCGAGCCAUCGUGGUUCACUGGUGUUGAAGCCAACGAUCCAUCUGCAGCCUCAGAAGAUCCUUUAGAGCCUCCGGCAGCUCCAGUUGCUGCUGCUUCAUCUUCUGAUGGACCUCUAGAGCCCCUAGUAGCGAACGUCGCUGUUGACUUGUUGCCGGAAGGACCUCCCGAAACCCCAGUAGCCGGGAGUCCUGCGGUUUUGCCAGACGAAAGUCCCCUAGGGGUUCGUGGACUAGAAAGGCCGCGUGUAGGCUUGUGGGACUUAGUGAAUCUGUGCACUCGGCAUGGAGAUUUGCUGGCGGAGUUGCUGGGUAUUCGCGAAAGGGCGUGGAUACGACUUAGCUGGGCUGCAGUAGCACUACUUCGACAUCCAAUGCUGGGUCUAUUGGUUCAGUUGUUUGAUACAGGGAUGAACCAAAGUGCCUUUGAGGGUCAAGAUUGGGAAGUAGAGCUGAGGGCUGUACCGGGUGAGCAGGGUAUCCAGUGGGUCCCGAGGUUUAUGCGACCGAGGGUUGAAGAGUCGUCCAGGGAUAGGGGUGACUUUGGUCCCUUGGAUUCAGAGGUCCAGUUCAGGGGGAGUCCUAGGGGUAGUAGUUCUGGGAUUCCAGGCCCGUUGGAUUCAGAGGUCCAGUUCAGGGGGAGUCCUUUUGCGCACCAACUUGGGUGUAGUGACGGCGCCAUAGAAGCUCCAGAUCUUGAUGUUCCGGCAGCACAUAGUUCUUCCAGCCAUGGGAUGGGUGUGCCAGCUUUUGAAGAGACAGGGCAUUAUUAUGAAGAUUUGUUCCCUACCGAAGGGUACAUGGACUCGUGGCCCCUUGUUGGGUCUUGGAUUCAGGUGCAUUAUGUGAUGCAGUUGUGCUCGACGGCAGGGGAUACGAUUCUGUGGUUCCUAGGACUUCAUUGUGCGGAGUGGUUUAGGCUGCUUCGUACCUCGGGAGGUGUAAGAGUUGCGGUAGUUGGUGCCGUAGCUGAGGUGUUAAGGCGAGGUCCGAGGGCCCUGGCUUACGAAGGUCACGGGUGGUUCGAGGCGGUUAGUCAUUGGAUGGUUCAUGGUGAUCCGGUCGGACAAGACCCGGAGGCUGAUGCAGUUGAUGCCGGGGAUGCGUAUCUACAGAAUCCGCAUGCGAUUGAGCCGUUUGCUGAAGAGGUCGAUAUAGAUGAUGAUCCUGGGUUAGAUGACCAUCCUCAUCGUGAUAGGCCUUUUCCCCCGCCUCUUCAGCUAGCCUGCUUUAGGAUUACUGUUCCCUGA